AUCAUUGCUCCCUUGGUGGUCUCUUCACGGAGAACUGUGGUUGGAUCUUGUACUGAAAGGCCUUCACAUCAACCCUGACAAUCUUCCGGAGCAUCUGACCAGGAACGACGUGGUCGCAAUCCGCUCCAUUAUCUCACCGUCUUCUCACACUUUGAUCGCCUUGACAUUACUAUCGACGACAAUGGCGACCUGUACAGGAUCCAUUUCUUCUUCCAACCCAGAAUCCAACCAGGAAGCCACUACUCUCACCUAUGAAGCCAGCAAUCGCGCUUUUAUCAGUCAGACGUUAGAGAUACUUGGUAUCUCUAUCAAAGAAUUGUUAGAUGCGGAGCGUACACUAAGCGAGGAGUUGUACGCUCAUGUAAUAAAAAAACAAGAAUCAAUUAUGCAAGAACAGAGUGAAAGGAUACGCAGAAGCAAGGAAGAAGGCUGGGGAGGGAAAUGGGGUCGUAUGGCGGCUACCGUCGGUGGUGUUGCGCUCGGUGGUGUUGCCAUAGGCAUUACUGGAGGGUUGGCCGCUCCAGUACUUCUUCCACUACUCCCCUUCAUUUCCGCCACAGCCGUCACCCCUGCCAUCGUCGGUGGUCUCUUCGGGCUCGCCGGAGGCGGUCUGACGGGAUACCGUGUGCGGAAACGUUGGGCAGGAGUGCAGCAUUUCGAUUUCAUAGAGUUGUCAGGUCCAAACGCUGCAGGAAGUCCCGGCUCCCACAAUGUGCACGAAUCACCCUCGCUUCCGGACACCAUUGAGCUCAGGGAGACUCCUAGGCCCAAGGCACCAAGUCUUGUCGCGUCAAUUAUCAUCCCUGGUAUCCAAGUUGAGUCGGAGCACGAGUCAUUAGAUGCUGCAAAGGCUUGUAGGAGAUUGUUUGAGGAGUCCAAGCAGGAUCUGUUCGUCCUGUCACACUCUCCAGAUGCAAUGCUAAUAAUCGGCCAGUCACUGAGUUCGUGGGUGAAAUCACAGUUAGUGACGCAGGCAAAAAUGGAGAUUAUCAAGCACACAGCGCUGAGCGCUGUCGUGGCGGCCGUUUCAUUGCCUGUUUCCAUCUACAUAGCCACUGGGCUGAUCGUGGACAAUGAUUGGAUAAGAGCUCGAGAUAGAGCACAAAAAGCUGCGAUUCUUUUAGCUGAGGCUCUGCACGAUGGGAUACAAGGGAAACGGCCCGUGACGCUGAUCGGUUUCUCCUUGGGAGCAUUGGUUUUAUUUGAGGCUCUUUUAAUAUUAGACAGUAAGGGGGUUGGGGAAGGCGGAGCGAGGGGCGUUGGGCCCCUCGUCGAUACUGCAGUACUGAUAUCGCUCCCCUCUGCCCCGUCAAAGAAAGAAUGGAGAAAGGCAAGGAGCCAGAUUGGACGACGGAUGGUAAAUGCAUACUGUUCAAAUGACUUUGUCCUAGCGAGUGUUGGUAGACUUCACGAAGUUCUGGGAGGAGCAAAUAUGGGUUCGAUUGGUGGCUUAUGCUCCACUGAUACGAUCGGUGGUGUAGAUGGUGUAGAGAACGUCGACUUGAGUAGCGUCAUCGAAGGUCACCUCGACAUAUCAGCGCGCAUGGCUCUGAUUCUGGAGCAGAUCGAUAUUAUGGCCUAAGACAUGGGAGAAGGGGGUUUGCGAAAUUUAAGUCUGGGCGAAAGGGGCUUUGGCCGGGGACUCCGACGUUUCACUAGAUCCCUACGAUGUAGAAACACCGGUGAUGUGACCCUUA